ACGUCUUAUCGCUGUUGAUUACCUCAUCACAGCGAUACCGCGCUUAUCUCGGUGCGCGGUGCGUACCCCUCCGCGCCGUUGCCCCUCUGCCCCUCAGGGAAUGACGAUUCAUGAACGAAAUCAAGGGGAUAUCUAAGCCGUGAGCUGCCUCUUAAUCAUCACAGUAAUUCAACCACUUUUCAUUUUUCUUUCCCUCUCAUCUGAAUCAUACGCCUAUACCCCGAGAAACGCUGAUAAGAUGUCUGUCGAAGUCCUCAAGACCAUCUCCCCCACGACGAACGAGCCUGUCAUCACCCGCAACGGCGUGUCCCAGACCGACUUAGAUGAGCUCCCUACCACCGCCACCAAGGCAUUCGAGUCUUGGAGCAAGACUUCCCUGGCAGACCGCCAGUCCAUUGUCAAGAAGGCUUUGAAGCUCCUCCUGGAGAAAAAGGAUGAGUUGGCCGAGGAGCUCACCGUCCAGAUGGGCCGGCCCAUCGCCUACACCGGCGGCGAGAUCGCCACCGCGGUAAAGCGCGGUGAGUACCUCCUUAAGAUCAGUGACGAGGUGCUCAAGGACACCGAUGGCGAGCCGGAGAAGGGCUUCAAGCGCUUCAUUCGCAAGGUUCCCGUUGGCCCGGUUCUCGUCCUCUUCGCGUGGAAUUACCCUUACCUCAUCUUGGUGAACUCCCUCAUUCCUGCCUUGUUGGCGGGAAACACCGUCAUCUUGAAGCCGUCGCCGCAGACGCCCACGAUCGUGGAGCGCGUGGCCAAGGUAUUUGAAGAGGCCGGCCUCCCCGCUGGCGUGCUGCAGUACUUCCACUGCGGCUCACCCAUCAUGAUCGAGUCCAUAGUCCGCAACCCCAAGGUGAAGCUUGUCGCCUUCACCGGCUCGGUGGCUGGCGGCCUCGCCGUUCAGCAGGCUGCAUCAGAUCGCAUCGUCAACGUGGGGCUCGAGCUUGGCGGCAAAGAUCCUGCUUACAUCCGCGACGAUGUCGACAUUGAAUGGGCCGCGGAGGAGAUUGUCGACGGCGCCGUCUUCAACUCGGGGCAGAGCUGCUGCUCCAUCGAGCGGGUGUACGUCGCCGACAAGAUCCACGAUGCCUUUGUUACGGCCGUCCAGAAGGUCCUCGAGGGGUACAAGUUGGGCGAUCCCUUUGACAAGGGCACACAUGUCGGCCCCGUGAUUUCCAAGCGUUCCAAGGAGACAAUCGAAUCGCACAUCAAGGACGCCAUCGCCAAGGGCGCCAAGGACGCAACUCCCGCCAACGAGACGUUCGACAACCCGCCGCCAAAGGGCAACUUUGUCAAGCCCACGCUCCUGACGGGCGUGGACCACUCGAUGACGGUCAUGACUGAAGAGACUUUUGGGCCGGUGAUUCCCGUUCAGCGGGUCAAGAGUGAUGAAGAAGCUGUGCAGCUCAUGAAUGACAGCGAAUUUGGCCUAACGGCCAGCAUCUGGACCAAGGACACGGAGAGGGGUUACGAGCUCGCGGACCAGGUGGAAGCGGGUACUGUCUUCGUGAACCGUUGCGAUUACCCCAGCCCGGACCUGGCGUGGACAGGAUGGAAGAAUUCGGGCAAGGGACAGACUCUAAGCCGCUUUGGUUACGACCAGUUCGUCAAGCUCAAGAGCUACCACCUCAAGGACUACCCCAAAUGAGUGGCAGCACGGAAUGUCUCGCGAAGCCGCCGCAGUAGCCAACAUGCGCCCGGUACGCCGAUUGGGCGGAAGAGCUGUUGAAGCAGGACCUGGGAAGGGCACGGUUGUGCGAGGAAGAACUGGGUUUUUUUUUUUCUGGAGGGGGAUGGGGCGUGGUGGCGCUGCUACGUACCGCGUCUCCGUAAAAUUCAAGGCCCCCGGUGAAGCACGGAGGCAUGGUUUGAUUUUCUUGACACGGGCGCACGUCAGGGGCAGCGUUAUCGCCGUACGGGCACCCGCGGU